AUGAGUGGUUCUAAUUCGACAGUUUUUGGCCAGGGCAGGUGUCCAGCGCCGUUCCUUGAGGCAGAUCUCUUCCCAUCGACAGGUGGUUUUAUCGAUGGAAGAUUUUGCUCUACCACCUUGGGGGUCAUUUGCUGCUUGCCAUGUCCACAGACUGAAUGGUUUUACGGUGGAAGCAUCAACACCCUCACCGAAUCCGCAAAUUGGGUCAGUGUAGCGGCGAUGAUAUGUUCUAUAUACUUGUUGAUAUGCUUCGCAUUUCUGCCAGUUGAGAAGACCCAUAGGCACUACCUCAGUAUCUGCUUGGUUAUUGCUACAGUUUUGAUGCAGUUGGGAUUCAUUAUACCAUUAAGCGCAAACCCCGAUCAAUGCUAUAACGCAAUCACUCCGAACGAUAUGAGCACUAACUUUACUUGUGCGAUCUCUGGCGCAUUCAUAAUGGCUGGAGGCUGGUGUGGUGUGAUGUGGGUCUUCUUAAGGUCCCUCGCCUUACAUCUACAGAUCUGUUGGCAGGUGAUUAUUGGGAAGUCAUUCAUGUGGGGAGCUCUUGCUACUGGAUGGGGAAUACCGGCCAUUGCAUUAUGUUUUGGAAUGAUCUUCAGUGGUGUUUCCUUCCGAUUUGGAGAUACUUGCCACAUCAAUCACGAGAACAGUUUAGCGGACUUCUGGAUUCCUCUUCUAAUAUUUUCUGGCGCCACCGUUAUUAUCCAGUUCGUUACUUUCGGUUACUGUAUUAAAGUAUAUCUUUCAUCCCUCACAGACGAUUCCAACACCACGGAAACUUCAGGAGUUCUGCCUUCGUACACUAACAGUGUACGCACUGUCUCACCACGACAAGCAUAUCGUAGAGUUCGCCGAGUGAUUGAGUUACAAUGGAGAGGUAUCGCUAUUGUACUAGUGAUUAUCGCUGAUGUCACAUUCUUUGCGAUUGUGUUUGUCUUCAUGGAUGAUUUAGAAACAAACAUCCUCAAGGAUCCUACCAAGGCGGAGCAAUGGUUAACAUGUCUGGUGCGAACUGCUGGAGGUAAAGAAGAGUGUUUACCUUUAGCAAAAUCUCUAGUCGUGAACGAGGCUACCGUUGGUGCGGUCCUUGUCAUGCUAUCCUUCAAUGGCUUCUGGGCAGCAAUAUUCUUGGGAAGAAAGGCAAUGAUUACAGGCUGGUAUGAGAUGUACCGUGGAAAAAUCAAGCCCAACAAUGAAUUCAUCAGUGCCGAUGUUCACGCCUUCAAAGAUCCCAGGUCAUACGAAAUGCUUAGCAAGGAUCGAGAUCAACGUGACAGCAAGAACAUAGAGGCAUACGGAACUCCAGAUGCCGUCACUCCAAUUUCACCCGUUCGAAAAAGUGGUCGAGAAACACCAGACUACUUUGGCAGAGAAGCAAGAUAUAAAUCACCGUCACGUUCAUUUUCCAAACCCCAUCCACCACAAUCGUGGGAUUCUACCACAACAUAUGCUCCACCCAUGAAUUCAAGCACGAACAAAUUCUAG